AUGAAACCAAUCGGUGUUUUCUUAUCAACACAGAAUUCUGGCGUUGAUUUGGAAUCAUACAUUUUUCAUUCAACUAUCAAAACGAUCGAGUCAGUCAAUGAUAAAAUUAUUCUCGUUAUCUGUGCAAUUGUGCUUAUUUUAAGUAUAACGCAAACAUUUUUGAAGAAUAAGCGUAUUGAUCGAGUAUUAGCUUAUUUAAAUGAGGCUUAUUCUGAUGGGAAAUUUGAAUCGAAUCAAGUUUAUUUUCGUGAACAAAUUAUUACUUGUUAUCGAUUUGAUCAACGUUUCUCGCAUAUUCCUAAUCCUAAUCGAUCAAUAUUACUCAUAAUUGCUACUCAUAUACAAGUACUCAUGCUUAUUGUAAUCAGAACUUUAUUUAUUCGACGAAGUGAACCUGUACAUGAUUGUUUCUCAUUUCACUAUCCAUAUAAAGUACUUGAAUGUGAAAAUAGUAGAGACCCAUGUCGAUUAAAUGAGACUGAAAGUAGUCCAAAAUGUACUUAUUAUUAUUUUCAAAUGACUCAUCUUAUCCCAAUGGUCACAUCUAUCAUUACUUGGCAUUAUGCUCUUCGUUAUUUUGUUGUGAAGUUGAUUUGCUUUGUUCGAUGGGCAUUAUUUCGUGAUAAUGAUCAGCCACGAAUGUUGUGCUGGUGCUGCGGUCCGGCAAGACCACGUAUUAUACGAUGUAGCAUGUAUUUAAAUUACAUUAUAUUGUGGUGCUAUCUCUUCGUUUUAAUUCUAUUUGGCUUUAUGCAGAAUAGAAGUCCCUUCGGUAUACCCAUCAAUAUGUUAGGAUCUGUCUGGGCACCAAUGCUUACAACAAUAGAUCGAUUUUGUUCACUCUAUCUGGGUUUGAUAUCAGAGUUGAUGCAAAAUUGGCUGGAUGCGUUAGAAAAUGGUGCAGUUUUACAAGUUUUUGAAUCGAAAGGAUUAUUUCUUGACAAUGUCGAGCCUCUCAUCUAUUUAAUCAGCAAGGAAACAAAAGUUUCAACAUCAUCCAAAAACAGAAUAUUAUCAACCAAUGAAGAAGUUGCUGUUGACUCGACACCUCAUACGUAA